ACGGCUGCUGCAGUCAGUAAGUAUCGUUUAUGCGUGCAAGCGGGCCCUGGGCGCGUACAAACGCUAUCCGACCAGGGUUUACAAGCUCUACUCUUGUGAACUUGAAGCCCGAUUUUAACUCGCGCCCGUCGGGGAUGAUGGCGCUACUGUCACUCCUUUCGCGCCAUUGAGUUCAUAUUCUGUGUACGUUUAUUCUAUGCCGAACGCGCUCGGCAAAGUGCGGCAAAAUUUCAACUCCAUAUGGUCAUAACGUGAUAGCGAGUGCAUGCAAGUGCACGGUGCAAGUAAGUGCUGUGUGCUGCUGCGUGCUGUCGGUUCUGCGUGGUUCUGCGAUAGUGUUUUUAGUUCACACCGAUUAUGGAUAAUAAUAAGAGGUCCCACAAAAAAUGUGCUGUACUGGGGUGCACAAACACCAGGCAGCCGGUGUUCAGCUUCCCCUGUCUGUCGAAGGACAGCGAUAGAUGUUUAAAAUGGCUUGAAGCUUGUGGAACGGAAGAUCUAUUCCAACUCCCUCCCAGCCGGUUGAGAAAUCGAGUGGUUUGUGAGGACCACUUCGAAAUUCAUUACCGCGUUGGAUGGAUUGGAUCAAAGCUUACAAGUCAUGCAGUACCAAGCUGCAACUUACCAGCACCUGCCACAUCUAUCGAGCAACAGGAGGAACUUGUAAUGGAAAUUGAAGAAGAAGAAAAACAUCAACCUGUGCUCACCAUUGGAUACCAGGACAACGUGGGACCUAUGUACGACGUGGGACCUAAGGACAACGUGGGACCUAAGGACUACGUGGGACCUGGGACCAGCAGAGACUUCGACGCACUUGCCUAUAAUGUGCUUCCUGGAUCAUCCAGAGAGUGUAUUACUUUACAAUAAUAUUAUCUUCUAUUGCAUUCCUUUUUUUAGUUAUGAUAGGUAUUUAGUAUUAUGCGUGUCAUUUAAAAAGUGCUUCUAUUAAUUCUUUGUUACAAUUACAUGUUGCACUGUCCAAAGGAAUCAAGUUCAACCAGCUAUCAGGAAAGGCCUUAAAGGUAUUAAAUAUUUAAAAAAAUACUAGAUGUAAUAGUUAAAUAUUAUAUCUACCGGAAAGCUCUGUCCGUUUCCAUCACAACAAGUCUCGACACGUAAGCACAUGUUUAUUUGGUGCAUGUGUGCCUCUCUAUUUUUAUUAUAUAAUGGUCACACGUGGAAGAUUUAUAUUUUAUUGAUAGCAGUAAUGUUUCUUCGGAGAACCGACUCCUGGAAAACUUACUGCAAAACAUGUUAUUUCUUCAAAAAUUCCAAAAAUGAAAGUUAAAUAUUGCGCCCAAGUUUUUAGUCGAUCAGUUGGAUCCAUUAU